UGAGAUUUGAAAGUGAGCCGAGGCGGGCUGGGUGAAGGAAGUGCGGUGUUGGUACAGGGUUACCAAGAUGGCUGCUACCUCCCAGUUUGCCAGCCGAUACAAAAAGGAUUUGAGCACAGAAACGCUCAGAACUAAAGUUGCACGCAGAAGAUCACUGCUUCAAAAAGAGAACAGACACAAGUUGUUUGAGAAGGGCAGACAGCUUGGAUUGGCAGAUAGCAAUGUUCAGCUUUCAAAAAAGGGGAUUUCUAUACUACAGGAGACCAAUGAAACGGGCUCUCAGGAGAACAGCAGUGUAAAACAGAGCCAAUCUACAAAUGGAGCCACCAGGAGGAUUAAUGAACGCAAGGAAAUGCUCCAGCGCUAUAAAGAAGAAAAGGAACUUCGAAAACUGAGAGAGCAGAGAGAGAAAGCAAAAAAGGGAGUGUUUAAAGUUGGGUUAUACAGACCAACUGCGCCUGGAUUUCUUUCAUUUGUACCUGAAGAUCCAGUGAUAGUGAAGCCAAGAGAGAAGGCAGCUCCUGCUUUCUCUGGGAGGAUUACUCGAUCAAAGGCCAAGAACCAGGAAGAAAAAACUGUGAUACCAACUGCAUCGAAGCACUCUACGGUCAGUGCCAGUGGGCGUAGUGUGCACCCUACACAAGCAGGAUGUAAACAGCUGAGUACAGACAAAGCAGCUGAAAAAGAUAAAGUGUUGCAGACUGCAGUCCAGACAGCCUCAAAUGUAAGAAUCACCAGAGCAGCUGCCUCUGCAGCUAGGCAGACGCUGAAAACAACAAAAAUAACAGCUACUGCUGCUACUUCUGGUAACCAGUCACAGAGAAAGACAGCAAAUGCAGGGAAGCAGAGGAAAGCAGUCAAACCUGACAUCACAGAGAUAAUUCCUUCUAAACAAGAAGUGGAUAAAAAUGCUCAACUGGAUCCAGCAUUGAAAGGUUCAGUGUCAGUAGAACCUCAACAGGAGCAAACCGCAGCAGAAAACAAACCAAAUUUUUCUCCAGGGAGACCCAGAACACGCUCUUUUGCACCUCAAAACUUUGUGUUUCAGCCAUUAAGUGGAUUAGCAGCCUACAAAGUUACACCCAUGACUCCUUCUAGGGCGAAUGCAUUUUUGACACCUGAUGCCUCCUGGGAUUUUUCAAAUUCUCCAGUUAAUAAAAUUGAAAAAUCCAGUGACACUAAGGCACAAGAGCCUAAUUUAAAAAGUCAAGUUUCACCUGCUGGUAAAGAUGUUCAAGAACAGCAAACCACUACAAGUUUGAGAGGAGAAAAAGCAAGUGAAUCAGAUGAGAAAACUUCUGUUCAGAGAGCAAACGAAACAAUUCCUGUCUCUACAGAUAUAACAGCACUUGAAACAGAGUCAGAUGAUGUAAGAGAGCAAGAGCACGACGUGCCCUAUUUCAGAACCAUUCUUCGGUCUGAGACAGAGAAGCUGAUGUCUCAGUGCCUCCAGUGGGAUGGAAAACUUGAGCUGGAUGUUCCAGAGGAUGCUAAAGACCUUAUUCGCACCACCGUUGGUCAGACAAGACUGCUCAUAGCAGAGAGGUUUAAACAGUUUGAAGGACUGGUGGAUAACUGUGAAUUUAAACGAGGUGAAAAAGAAACAUCGUGUACAGACUUAGAUGGAUUUUGGGAUAUGGUUGAUUUUCAGAUCAAAGAUGUGAAUAAAAAGUUUGAUAAUCUGAAGAAGCUUCAAGACAAUGGGUGGCAGCCACUUGAAGUCCCAAUCAAAGCAAUUGUCAAGAAAAAAACGAUUCCAAAUGGAGUGUCUAAACCAAAGCUGGGAGCAGCUGGAAGAACGGCUGCCCAAAACCGGCUUGCUGCUAUAAAAGCAGCUAUGAGGAAUAAAAUGAAACUUGAUGGAACUGCUGAUUGUAUGCAUCAGGAGAAGCUACCAGAAGCAGAAAAAGUGGUUUUUGACGCGGGAUUUUUCAGAAUUGAAAGCCCUGUAAAAACCUUACCAGGCUUGCUUUCAAAGACACCUCGCAGAUCUUCCCAGCGGACUUCUGAAAAACUAGCAACUCCACGAUCAUCCAGUAGAGCUUUGCUUCAGAGCAUUCCUUCUAUUCUUCAUAACCCUGAGAAUACAACUGCAAAACAAACACCACCAGUGCUCAAAGGCUUCCAUCCAGCACAAAAUUCGAUAAUGCACCAGUUUCCCAGUGGAAAAACUCCCACACUGGAAAAGCUCCCUGGUGUUCUUGAACAAAGCAUUCCCAUAGUUGCAGAACAACACUGUCUUGUUGCUGGCACGGCAGAGGGGACUAAGGUGGUGGAAAGUUCUAGCAAUGAAUUACAAGUAAUGGAUAGCAUGGAAGAGAUGGAGGUAUCUGCUGCAGAACAGCAAGGGCAAGAUACUGUCAUGUGCAGUCCGGAGAAGGGUAUUGUCACAGAGACUAACUUCGCUCAGUCUGGAGAACAAAAAAUACAUCAAACAGACAUUUCAUGUAGUGAUUUGACAUCUGUUGGCAGAAAUCCUUUUGAUAUGAGCAACUGAAGCUAAAAAUACCAAGUUACUGACUGCUGCCUGGUAUUUGGAGAAGAUGGGGUUAAAGAUCGAUGCCCUAGCUCUCAGGACCAGUGGCAGUACACCACAGGCUCCUUUCCUAAGUACUCCUCUCUGUACAAACUGAACAGCUCCUGGUUGUCAUCCUUUGUCAGAGAUUUUCUGCCUCUACAGCAAGAAUCCAGAUACUUCCACAUUUGAACUCAGCCUGCUGGAGGAAGUUGUGUCUUUUUGAGAUCUAAUUGAAAACAAGUUCUGCUUGUGAAAGUAUGUUUUAUUACCUAGAAGUAUUCGUGUAAGAAGGCACUUCUGUUACAGCCAUAUUAAGACCACUAAGUUUGCACUAAAAUUCCACCACCCUAAUUAUAUCAUGGUUGGCAUGA